AUGGCCUACUACUACGGCCUGGGCGCCGUCGCGUCGUCCCUCCUCGUCGUGGGAGCCUAUAUGCUCUUCACCGGCAGCGGCGAGGCCUUCAACGUCGGCGCCUUCCUCGAAUCCGUCUCGCCCUACGCAUGGGCCGACUUGGGCAUCGCCCUGUGCAUCGGCCUGUCCGUCGUCGGCGCCGCGUGGGGCAUCUUCAUCACCGGGUCCUCCAUCCUCGGCGCGGGCGUCAAGGCCCCCCGCAUCCGCACAAAGAACUUGAUCUCCAUCAUCUUCUGCGAAGUCGUCGCCAUCUACGGCGUCAUCAUGGCCAUCGUCUUCUCCGCCAAGGUGGACAGGACAGGCGUGGCCCAGAUGUCCUCGCCCGCCGCCUACUACACCGGCUUCGCGCUGUUCUGGUCCGGCCUGACCGUCGGCUUCUGCAACCUGGUCUGCGGUGUGGCCGUCGGCAUCAACGGAUCCGGUGCUGCUCUGGCUGACGCUGCUGACCCGUCGCUCUUCGUCAAGAUUCUCGUCAUUGAAAUCUUUAGCUCCGUCUUGGGUCUGUUUGGUCUCAUUAUCGGGCUGCUGGUUUCCAGCAAGGCGCCGGACUUUGGGUCGACGACCUAG